GAUGCCCGGAACUGGGAAGCGGCUGGGGGCGGGCCAUCCGGGACAGGGGCGCGUGGGGGAGGCAGGUCAGGACCAGGGAGUCUCCUAGCUGCUCAAGAAAUGUCUUCGCUUUCAGAAUAUGCUUUGCGCAUGACUCGUCUGAGUGCUCGGCUCUUUGGUGAAGUUGCCAGGCCAACUGAUUCCAAAUCCAUGAAAGUAGUGAAACUAUUCAGUGAGCAGCCACUGGCCAAGAAGAAGGAGACUUACGACUGGUAUCCAAAUCACAACACAUAUUUUGGUCUCAUGGGCACACUGCGUUUUCUUGGCCUCUACAGAGAUGAGCAUCAGGAUUUUAAGGAUGAGCAAAAGCGUCUAAAGAAGCUUCGUGGAAAGGGGAAGCCAAAGAAAGGAGAAGGGAAAAGAGCAACAAAAAAGAAGUAGUGUUGGCCCAUCAAGAGAGAAUUUCUUCCUCAGUGAUUAUGAGAAGAAAGUACCAUCUUUCCAUGUAUUAGAGGAAUGUACUCUGCCUCAGUGAAGGUUACUUGGAGAGACACAAUCCUCCCUGUAUUGAAGUAUAAUUCAAUUAAAUGGUGACUGGUAGCCAGGUGUGGUGUAGCAUACCUAUAAUCCCUGUAAUUUGGGAGGCUGAGGCAAAAGGAUUGCAAGUUCCAGGCCAGCCUCAGCCACUGAGCAAGACUUUUUUCAAAAUUUUAAAAUAUGAACAAAAAUAAAAGGAUGUAAUUCAGUGGUAAAGUACCUCUUGGUUCAGUCCCAGGUAUCAAAAUAAAAUUGUGACUGGUUUCUUGAACACA